CGCAUGUAGUCUGAGGAUGAGAAUAUGAAGGGUCAGUGCAGCAGCGGUUGCAGUUUAUCAGUUUCCUCUCGCCUCAGCUUUCUUCCUUUCCGUUCCCAAACUCUAGACCUAACCCUAGCCCGUAACAUCGAAGUGUCUGCUGCAAGUUCUUCACCGAAAUUGUCACUGCCAUCGCCGUGGACGAGCAGAAGAGCAGCUUUAGUUGCUACUUUUUCCGCUAUCUCCUCCUCGGCGUUCUCCAACUCCCCUUUUUGGUCGAAACCCCUUCUCCUCCUCCUUCCCGAGUUCUUCGAGCUACCAAAUUCCGGCGGAGUCAAGGCUCUGGAUCUUCGCCUUGGUGACGGCGAGCUCCCCAUUGAUGGGGACCAGGUGGCAAUUCAUUACUAUGGAAGGUUGGCAGCAAAACAAGGAUGGCGCUUUGAUUCAACAUAUGAUCACAAAGAUGAAACUGGUGAACCAAUUCCAUUCACCUUUAUCCUUGGGUCAGGCAAAGUUAUACAAGGGGUUGAAGCAGCUGUAAGAUCAAUGAAGGUACAUGGCCAGCGUCGAGUCAUCAUCCCCCCAUCGCAAGGAUACCAGAAUACAUCCCAAGAACCGAUUCCACCUAAUUUUUUUGAUAGGCAAAGGCUAUUUACCACAAUUUUCAAUCCAACACGCCUUGCCAAUGGAGAAGGCUCCACAUUGGGGACUCUCAUUUUUGAUAUCGAGUUGGUCAGUUUGAGACAUCAAUGAACUACUUUCUGUCAUUACUUACCCUACAAUCGACUUUUCAGGUCUAAGGUAAAGCUUUUCCAAAGAAAGAAGACUCCAUUUGUAAUUAGGUUUUGAAUAGAUGUAACUAUUCAAAUGUCAGGACAGUGAGAUUUGAACACAAGAUCUCGGUCUAUAUAUUGAAUAGAUGUAACUAUUCAUCAUCUUAUCUAACAAUCGAAGGUUGUAAAUAUGAAUAAAUCUUGUUUUUAUUUAUAUAUUAUAUUUUAUGAGCACGAAAAG